AUGUCGGAUGCAACAGUGUUCGACAUCGACUAUCCGUUCCCUGAUCUCGAUGCGACUCGAGCAAGGGAGUCGCUUCGCUUCGCAGCUCUCGAAUUGUCCAACCGAGGGCUAGCUUCAUCAUCGAGAUGGACGCUCGAGCUGCUUCAGUCCGUGCCUUACACAGGUAACCUCAACUCCGGCCUAGUCCUUUCAGACCAGAGUCGCUCCAAUCAUUCUGCGAUGGUCACAUCAACACCAGCACCGAAGCGGCGCUCACAAGCGAGAUCGCUCGUUCCAGAGCAUUCUACACCCGCACUUGGAGUGCAUCAGCGAAUGUCUGUGGAACCUGGUGCAGAGGACACAUCGGCAGGCGAGGGUCUGGAGAGCUUUGCACCCGGCACUUUUUCCUCAUCUCCCCUAGUCAACAGUCGCCUUGCUCAUGUGGCGUCCCCGAGAGAUGAUCCAGACAGCUCACUCAUCCCGGUCGGCAGCGAAGAUGGUACUGCCCCUGGAUCAGCACACGUUCAUUGGCAGUCUAAUACCAACUCUGUGGACUGCUCUCCUGGCGCAUUUCAGUACCGCCUCGAUGGCACAUCAUCCGCCGCAUUGUCAUCGCUGGAAGAAGAUUCGUAUCUGCUGGCUAAAAAUUACUUUGAUCAGCAUCAGCUCGAACGAUGCAUCUGGGUGCUUGAAGGUAGCAAGGGCAGCUCUGACAAGGCACGCUUCUUGCGGCUCUACUCUCGCUUUCUCAUGUCCGAACGCAAGCUUGACGAACACGGGAUGAUCAUCCCAAAGCCUAACGGAACCCUUCCUGCCACCUCUCCGAGCUUGAUCCCCAUCUUGAAGGAACUCGUUGAUGUCUCUGACCCCUUUCUUCUCUUCCUAAAAGGCGCAAUCUUGCGCAAACUCAAUCGGCCCAUCGAAGCGAUGGACUGUCUCGUUCGCUCUGUCCAGAGCUUUGCAUACAAUUGGGCGGCGUGGCAAGAGCUUGCCAUGACACUCGAGCCGGGCGAAGCGGAUCAAAUGGCCGACUUGCUGCCCGAGUCGUUCAUGGUCAGCUUCUUUCGCGAAUUUCUCGAUCGCCACUCGGCGCAAGAAGGCGAUGCGACGAUCACGCGUAUUGACCGACUGCUAGAGUCGUUUCCACGGUCCGCGUACCUUCUCACUUGUCGAGCCCAGACCAAUGUACAUCGCCUCGAAUACAUUGAGGCAGAGCAAGACUUUCAGGAAGCGUGGUCCAUCGAUCCUUACCGAAUCGACGGGUUGGCCGACUACUCGAACGCUCUCUAUCUGCUCAACCGCACAGCCGAGCUGGCUCAUCUUGCUCACAAAUUUAGCUCCUUUGCGAAAGAUCGACCAGAGGUUUGCUGUCUUGUUGGUAACUACUACAACCAGCGCAGUGACCACCAUCGAGCGAUUGAAGCCUUCCGACAUGCUCUUCGACUCGACUCGGGCUGUGUGCCUGCCUGGAUUCUGCUCGGCCACGAGUAUAUCGAGCUGAAAAACAGCCAUGCAGCUGCCGAGAUGUACCGCCGAGCACUCAAAAUUAACCCACGCGAGUAUCGUGCGCUCUACGGCUUGGGCCAGGUGUACGAGCUCAAUGGAGCUUACACGUACGCGGUCAACUACUUCCAAAAAUGCGCGGCGAUUCGACCGUAUGACGGACGGAUGUGGUCAAGUAUGGGCAUCUGUUAUGAUCACCUCGGUCGAUCACAGGAUGCUGUUUCGUGCUUCAAGCGCUACCUCGCUUGCCGACUCAACCAAGGCGAUACGGUGAUGGGUUUGACGCGGAUCAUCGAGGUGUACGAAAAGGAGCGAGAUUUUGAAGCAGCGGCUUGCUACCAUCGUCGUCUCGUUCAGGUCGUUGACCGCGCGCUGACUGGCACCGAGUCCAACGUGGUUGCGAGAUAUGCGCGCUCCUACAUCAUUGCAGCGAGGUGGGAGAUGGGUGAGAUCGGCGUCAGAUCAGCACAAGAGCGGGAAGAAACAGCUGAUGAGAAGGAACAAGAUGGCGAGCCAGAGACCGUAGCUAAGGUUGGCAAUUUGGCGCUCGCCAACGAUUACCUGCAGAAAGUAAUUGCUGCAGGCACCGAGAUGACAGACAGCGCCGAAAUUUUGCUGAAGCGGCUCGCCUUCCUGCGGGAUUGA